GACCAAUAGACGAAUCUCUGGAAAGUGGUGCGAGCCUACAAAAUGGCCGCGUCCAUGAGAAUGAAAACACAAGCAUGCUGCUUGUGUCGUGUGCCUUCAUUACUGACAAGCGAAUCAGCAAAAUCAUAUUUAAGGACCUAUUCUUCAAAAGUGAAACAAGCACGGCACAUCAAACCUGGAGAGUGUUGUGUGGAUCCAGAUGUAGCUAAACCCUUGACGAAAGGUGGUGUCAGUUUCAAAACUCACCCUGGGAUAAUGACCUUGAGACCAGUAAAGAUGCCAGAGAAACUGAUCAGCACCAUCAAGAAAGUUAUUGACACCUUUCCUGUACAGAACCUGAACAAACGAAGUGAAAAGCUGAACAAUUACCUGCACUCCCGACAUCCCCCGACAGAGCAAGACACUCUCACUCGACUGGCCCAGGAAAUACAAAACAACAUUAAGGAAAAGGAUAAAGUCGACACCUCCACGAUGACCCCCGAAGAACAGAAGCAGUAUGAGAACACUGAUCCACUGGCAAUUGUUCACACUGUACAUCUGUGUUCCAGAUUCGAUGCCCCUACGUCUAUGACGUAUCUGUACAGUCGGAUGGCACACAACUACAGCGUCAUGAUGAAGUGUUUUAAUGAGAUAUCUCGGAGAGAACCUGAGUACAUCCCAACUUCCAUGUUUGACUUUGGUUCUGGCCUAGCUUCGUCAGUAUGGGCUGGAAACAGAAUAUGGGGACAGAACAUUUAUGAAUACUAUUGUGUCGACUCCUCCCAGGAUAUGAACACAUUGGCCAGACUUCUGUUACAAGGAGGUGAGGAGAAGAAAGACAUGACGAUCAGCGGCGUCUAUUUCCGUCAGUUCAUGCCAUCUCACAAACAGAACUCCUUCAACAUUGUGACCAGCUCCUACGCUCUGCUGGAACUCCCCAGUCAGGAGAAGAGACUGGAGAUGCUCCUCUCUCUGUGGCAGAUGACAGACGACUUCCUGGUACUAGUAGAAAAUGGCAGUAAGGCAGGCUUUCAGUUGAUCAACGAGGCUAAAGAGUAUCUGCUUCAAAUAUCUGAAAAACAUGAUAAAAUGGAAGGUCAUGUUUUUGCACCAUGUCCUCAUGAGAAGGCAUGUCCGAAACUGGCAGAGAGAAACAGCCCCUGUAUGUUUGGUGUCACCUACAAGCCCCUCGAUAUGUCAUCACAAAGUACGGAAGCCAAGCAGACGUCAAGAUACAGCUAUGUGAUACUGAGGAAAGGCCAGAGGAAGCAAGAUGCAGCAUGGCCUCGUGUGAUCCAGGAAGUUGUGCGGGCAUCGAAGCAUGUCCACUGUCAUCUGUGCUGGCCGGACGGCAAACUCAGCCAUGAUAUUCUCACAGCCAGGAAACAUGGAAAGGAUGUGUACAGCUGUGUGCGAGCCUCCAACUGGGGCGACCUGUUUCCCAUCCACCUGAAGGACAGUAACGCAAGUGGUGAUGACAGAAACCCCAGCAGUGGCGGGGACGGAGAUGAUGUGGAUGGAGAGACAGGAGAUGUGUGCGAGGAUUCCAGUGCCAGGACCGGGAAUGUUGAUUCUGGAAGCUACUCUGAGGACAGACUUCAGAAUGUGACUUUGAACAAGUACAACGAGACAUUUGUGUCUGAGGUCUGGACCGAGAAACUGGAGUCUGUGAGGACAGGGACAACAAGGAAGCCCACGUGGAGGAUGCCUGUCAGACUGUUCUCGUCAUCAACGUGACGUUGUAUGUUCCGAUGAUGCUCACUUGGUGAUGUCAGGUUUCCAUCCUCCACAUCUCCAGGGUCAGUGGGGUAGCCAAGUGGUUAAAGUGUUCGCUUGUCACACCGUGGACCUGGGUUUGAUUCCCCACAUCGGUACAAUGUGUGAAGCCCAUUUCUGGUGGCCCCGCCAUAAUAUUGCUGGAAUCUUGCUAAAAGUCGCGUAAAACCACACUCACUUACCAUUGGAACCAUUCCCAUGGUUUUUAGUCUCACCCUUGGUUUCCAUUGGACCGCUAUGUUAGACCAGGUAGAGACCCGUGAAGAUCCGGGGUAGAAUAGGUCUUCAGCAACCCAUUCUUGCCACAAAAGGCAACAAUGCUUGUUGUAAGAGGUGA